AUGUCGAAUUGGGGAAUGCGAUUGAAUCCAUUUAGCAAGAGCUAUUCGCAACUUGAAAUGGACCAAAUGCGUUUCGUACAUCAAGCUUAUUGUGAGGCUAUGGAAGUCAGUGAAGAAGACCUUCCUACUGCUCUAAAAAUGGACGAUAAUUUCUAUCCGCUACAUAAUCCCACUAUCUCGGACUUUGAUGAAAACUCGUAUCUACGCAAGAUGCAGGACGUUGUCGGAUUGCUACGUAAUCCUGCUGAGGCCAUUAUCUCCAGUAUUUGUGCUUACCAGAGGGAGAGAUACGACCGAUCCUUUGCAUUUUCUGGAUAUUUGAACGAUCCACGUACACUGCUACUUGAGGAGUUUAAGGACUGGGCUAUGCGAACACUUGCAUCGGCUACCUGUACUACGGAAUCAAUAUUGAUCGAGGUACGUCGCAGACACAGUUACGUGCUAAGACUGCAGCAUGGACAACAAGGUCUAUUUCACUCUGGAUCAGGUGAGCGUUCUUUGUUGGGAACGCUAAAGGAUGUGAGGAACGUGAUUGAAACACGAGUGCUCCCGAUAAUUGAGACUGAACGUGCCCAUUCAUCGGCAAGAGAGCAGCUACAUACACUAGAAGCUCGUGGCACAGAUGGUCUGAUGCAUGGAGUGCAGUUCCUCUUCUAUGUGUUGCGAAAUACGCCGAAUACGCCGGCGGAUUGCACGAUCAGCAACUUACAGGCGCAACAACAUGCAGGCAUGAAGGAUGCAAUGGGCAGCAAGUCAGGACAGAUGCUCGAGGUGCUACUCACGACACCGUCGUUCAAAGAGCUGUUUCCUCAGAACCAGGCCACAUUGUCCCCUCAGGAUUCACUCCCAUCUUUACUUUUGACGAACGAGGAGGAGGAUGAGAUGACACAUACUGCAGUGUUCUGCGAUACUGAUGCAAAUCCGCAGGUGCCGCGAGUGUUGACGCGGCAGUUGAGACGCAACUCGAACCCGAACGAGGUGGCGAUUAGUCCGUCGGAAUUCCUCCAACAGAGCAACUCAGGUGUUGUUUCACUUCGGAAGGAGGUGCAACAGGAGACUUUUGACGCGUACACCAAGCUGCACGGUUUACUAAAGUUACUUGCAGAUUUGCUAGUUUCGUGUCGUAAAGCUCGACAACUUGCUGGCCCCGGUGGUGACUUGCUUGUGUAUGGACCUGGCGGCGAAGAAAUUCGGCGAUUGAUGCAGUCGCUGGAAGCUGUGCAGUCAGAGAUCAGUAAAGAAGUGAGCCAACUUACGCGCAUCGGUGUACGCGAACUGGAUCGCCUUAAACCUAACCAGGAGAAGGCUUGGCGUUGGAGCUUCAGUAAAGUGCUGCCGCUUGAAGGCUACUUAGCCCGCGAUUUUGGCGCAUGUGUAGAACCUAUUCAGCGCAUGUAUGCGAGCGCUGACCCGUUACACGUGCAAAAGAUGUACAAACAGUUCAAACAGGCCACAGGUUUGUGGGUGGAGGAAAACAAUUCUAUCUGCAGGUAUGUCACGGCAACGUUAGGUGGAGGUUUUAUUGAAGACGGGGAAAAGCAUCACAAACAAUUAGAAAAUGGGAAGGAAGAACCCGAACAUCAUGGAAAAAUCGAGUUGCUCGAAGAUGAAGCUUCGUUAGAUAUGAGUAAUGCGCUCGUUGUAGCGGGGACCGGGUCAGAUCAUCGUACCAGUAACAGUGAAAAGGUAUCAUCGUCUAAAAUAGAGGACCGGAUUGUCCUUUUGGACGACAACAGUUCAGAGAGCGAUGCUAAGAACCAACUUGUAGUGGCAAAUCGAGCACUCGUCCGUGCUCCCAAGAAGCAGCCAAGUUCGGAUAGUGGCUCGUUCUUCUCGACGCUUGUAUCGUGGGGUGUGAGUACAAAGACACCGCCGAGAUUAGAGGAAGGCGAGAGCGGCCCAGUGAAUUCUGACACAGACGAAGACGAAGACAUGGACAAGGGCCCAUCGUCAUCCUCGUCAGCAAGGGAAGCCGCUGAUAUUGCCGCAGCGCAGGGCGGCGUGCUGGACACACUGCUGCUUGUGCGUCAGUCAAUUCAGCGUAUCGGUCAGUUGUCUUGGGGGGUCCGGACUUCGUACCAUACUGCGUUCAUUGAUGAGGGCAGUUUUGACGCGUUCAUCGUGCUGUGCUCCAUCUACGAAACUACUGGUGUCUCUUGCUCUAGCGACUUGCUGCUCCGUGUGAGGUUGCACCGUACGCGUUUAUCGCAGCUUCUAAAGAAGCACAUUCAGUCAAUUCUUAGCUGCGUCGUGGUACUACAACGUCGGAUCGUGGAUGAAGAGAAGAGCAUACCGGGCAUGACUCUAGUAUACCGGCGUCUGAGAGCGAACCUUUCUGAGUUUGAGAAGGAAAUGGACGAUCUGAUGGUUAAAUUCAAGCAGAUGAUGGUGGAGUCUUCUAAGAUGAAGGCCGGCAUCCUCGCGUUGCCGCUGGCGCAGCAGCGUGAGUCUAACGACGUUAUCGGCAUGGGUGCCUAUGCAUACAACUCGAUUAACGCUCUUGCGUCUAGCUUUGGCUCUGCGCCCGCGCCGUCCCAAGCCAUCCUCUCGCACGGCGAGUACAUGACGGAAUUAAGGUCACAGCUAGAUCUGCAUUGGAACAGCAUCUCGCACCUUUUCCAGAGCCUUCAGGGCACCGUGGAGUCUGUAGCCACAGUUGAUGACCGUCUGAGGGGCUACGCUAAGUUCCUAGAUAUCACCGUGCCACCACAGCAGCUGGAUUACAUUUUUGAAUUCAACUACGAUGGUUUCUUCCGCCAAACAACGAAGGAUUUGGAGAUCUUGCUGACUUCCUUUGACACGUCGAAGUAG